GAGCAGAUCUUUAACUGGCAGACAAAUUACAAGCUCAGGAUUCACCAGAAAAGACACCCUUUUAUCGAGUUGAAAUUCGCCUUUUUUUGUUUGUUUGUUUGUUUGUUUGUUUUGUUUUUGUUUUUAUUUAUUUUUAUUUAUUUAUUCAUUAAAUCGAAGAUCGUGAUUGCAGGAAUAAGACCGCACAGAUCGCUAAGCUGCUGAACGAGGAAUGUGUGGAAAGAGCACACGGCGCUUACGGACAGUCGAACCAGAAAGCGAGUUGUAGGAGUGUGUGUGUGUGUGUGUGUGUGUGUGUGUGUGUGUGUGUGUGUGUGUGAGAUCACGGAGCUUCGCGCCUCAUGGCACGAUGAGACGAGUGAAGACGGAGACAGGUUCACGUGUAAUGAGAGAAUCCAUGUGAGAUUAUAGCGCUCCAGCCGUCUCCCUCCUUCUCACUCAGAACCGAGAUACAGAAGAAACGUCCUCUUGAGCUUUCGCUUCAGCUUGAUUUGGCGGUAAAGUGUGUGUGUGUGUGUGUGUGUGUGAGAGAGAGAGAGAAAGAGAGGAAUUUUGGCUUGUUGUGAGCGCACUGCGUGGCCCGGGUCAGGAUGCAGGUGUCGUUCGUGUGCACGGACCACCGCUCGAUGAGCCGCAGCACGGACGAGCGUCUGAACCGGCAGAACGCCAGCAGCCCGAACGCCGGCACACGCAGCAAGUUCAGAGCCGUUGCCAUGGUGGCACGCAGCCUCGGGCAACUGUCCGUCCAGAGCGUGCCGUCCUCCAGCGACCAGAGCAUGAGGACCGGCAUGAAGUAUAGAAACCUUGGGAAGUCUGGACUGAGGGUGUCGUGCCUUGGCUUAGGAACAUGGGUGACGUUUGGAGGUCAGAUCACAGACGAGAUGGCCGAACAGCUGAUGACUCUGGCUUACGAGAACGGGAUCAAUCUGUUCGACACGGCUGAGGUCUACGCUGCAGGAAAGGCCGAGGUGGUGCUGGGCAACAUCAUAAAGAAGAAAGGAUGGAGACGCUCCAGUUUAGUGAUCACCACAAAAAUAUUCUGGGGUGGAAAGGCAGAGACUGAAAGAGGACUUUCCAGGAAGCACAUAAUAGAAGGGUUAAAAGCUUCACUGGAGAGAUUGCAGUUAGACUACGUGGACGUGGUGUUUGCUAACAGACCCGACCCCAACACGCCCAUGGAAGAGACGGUGCGAGCGAUGACCCACGUGAUCAACCAGGGAAUGGCGAUGUACUGGGGCACGUCCCGCUGGAGUCCCAUGGAGAUAAUGGAAGCGUACUCCGUGGCGCGGCAGUUUAACCAGAUCCCCCCCAUCUGCGAGCAGGCCGAGUAUCACAUGUUCCAGAGAGAGAAGGUGGAAGUGCAGCUGCCCGAGCUCUUUCAUAAGAUCGGCGUAGGGGCAAUGACGUGGUCCCCGCUGGCCUGUGGGAUCAUCUCAGGGAAAUACGACAGCGGCGUUCCUCCGUACUCUCGCGCCUCUCUCAAGGGCUACCAGUGGUUGAAGGACAAGAUCUUGAGCGAGGAGGGCCGGCGUCAGCAGACGAAGCUGAAAGAGCUGCAGGCCAUCGCCGAGCGGCUGGGGUGCACGCUGCCACAGCUCGCCAUCGCGUGGUGCCUAAGGAAUGAAGGAGUCAGCUCUGUGCUCUUAGGAGCCUCCAACACGGAACAGCUCAUGGAGAAUAUAGGUGCGAUACAGGUCCUUCCGAAGUUGUCCUCCUCCAUCGUGCACGAGGUGGACAGCAUACUGGGGAACAAGCCCUACAGUAAAAAGGACUAUCGCUCGUAGUGUGUGUGUGUGUGUGUGUGUGUGUGUGUGUGUAUGUGUGUGUGGAGCCCAGGGGCCGCCCUGCACCGAGCCCUUUGCCUGUUCCUCCGUUUGCUUGAGCUUUUACUGAAUGAGUAAGCAGCGCAUGAGACCGGCAGGUCCACCCCGACCCUGCAGGGGAAGCCUUGUAGACACCUACAGGGAACGAUGAAACACAACAUCAAAAAAUACACACACACGGGGUUUAAAAAAAACACACAAAAAAAAAAACAAAACUAGAGAGUAAUAUUCACAGAGAAAAGAGAAAAGGAAAGAGCCAGACCUACCUACCUGGGAGGAUAAUUCAAUUUUAAUAGAAAGCUGAAGUUAACAAUAUAAAAAAAAAAAAAAAAGAAGAAAGAAAAAAAAAUAGCACACGCUUGCUUGGCUGUAGGAAAUAUUCGGUUUUCCUCUGCGCAUUGUUUUUGAUACUCCAAUGCAUAUUUGACCAAAAAUAAAAAAAUAUAUAUAUGUAUAAAUAAAUAAAUAAAUAAAUAAAUAAUGCAGCGCUUAAGUUAAUCUAGGUGAUCAGUUCAUGAUUCGUUGCACAUCUCCCAUAGUCACUCAUGAGGUCUGUCUCUCCGAAACCAUUCACUGUGUCGUCUGCGUCACGAUUGCACACGCCCCCUUCGCAGAUGAGCCAAUCAGCACUUUAAGAGUCCAUCUGAGGGAGUGGCUAUGGGAGGCAGCGGUGUCUAAACAGAAAUACGAGCAUCAUCUUUGGUUUUUAAAUUUUUUUUUUUUAUUUUAAUUUUUUUUCUUUCCUCUUCGUGCGUUUCCUGAUGACCGGCCCUGACAUACAAUCCCGCCUCAGAGCAGCAGUAAUCCUAAUGCCAUGGAAUUAUUUCUCAAAUCCAGUUUGCUGUAUUUCUGCAGUCUGGCAAACGUUAAUAAAUAAAUAAAUAAAUAAAUAAAUAAAUAAAUAAAUAAAUAAAAUCCUAAAACUGGAACUCUGCGUUUGUGUGUCAGUCUGCUGCCGUGGCACACUGUCAGGCGGCGUUACGUCCCUCGCCUGCCGCAUGCGAGCGUUCGCUCAGGAGCGUGAUGCGCGUUUGAAUGUGUUUAAGUGCAUACGAGCGCAUGCCGUCUCUCACUUCUAGACGCUGGACGUUACCGUUUACGAUCCGGCGUCAUUACACGUGGCUAAAGCCAAAGAUAUAUCCCAGCUCCGUCUCUAACAUCUCACUGUAUCUCCCCUGUCUGAAGCUAAAAAAAAAAAAAAGAAAACCAUUUAACAGCAUGUACGUACUUCCUGUUAUUUACUUACUCUAUAAUCAUAUCAUGUAUAUCUGUCCUCUCAUGUAUACUGUAUACUCACUCUGGCCAAGAUACGUAGCCAUAUAGAUAUAAACGCACAUAUAUACAUUUGCACCCUGUAUGUUAGGAAUGUCAGUAGAUCUUUUCCACACCAUGUACCACCGAGUUCAGAUGAAUUUGAAGGAAAACGACCAACGAACAAAAUCGUAAUGAAACUUUUCCAAACUGCAUGACGGCCAUUUUCCCCCGAAGCAUGCGCUCUCUUCAGCCAUUACACGACUCGUGUGCUUGUGUGUGUAUAUAUGUACAAUUUAUUUUUUUCUUUUUUUUUUUUUUUUUUUUAAAAACAUGGUCGAUGGAUUUAUGUGGAAAGUGUUUUUCCCCCGAGACAGAUAUUCGUUUGCGUAAGUCUCGCUUCGCAAAGCUGUCACCAGAAACCCGGUCAGUCCAUGUCACGUGUGCAAGUUUAUCGUGAACGAAUCAAACCGUGUCUCAUCACUGUGCGUUCAAGUCCUCCUGGGAAGCUCGUGUUCAUGAGUUGAGAAGUCGUGAUUAUGACGUCGGGAUGCGUUCAAGUCGGAGCAAGAUGGCGGUGUACCUUCUCUGAAUUAACUACAAAAAAAAAAAAAAACAGCAAGUUUUUUUUUUUUUUUUUUAACUCUACUUCUAGAAAAUGAAGAACAAAGAAUGCGCAUCAGUUGCGUUUUGCUUUUUUAUGUUUUUAAUCAAUUUAUGAAGCCACUGUUAACGUUAUCGUUACGUUAUAUAGUAAUUGUAUAAUUAUAAUUGUUAGCUUGUAUAAUUGUAACUAAAAAAGCCUGACAGACUCGUCACUGCUAAAUACAUUCAAUUUCAACAAAUUUACCGUCAGCUACAGACGCUGCAUCCACUGAUUCCACCAUGUUUUCUUACUGACGCCCCCAAAGAAUAUCCCGAGUUUCCCACUCGUAAUUCCGACUUUGUGGUGGCGUUCAUGUGCGUUCACCUCGUAAAUACGAUCUUUCCGACAUGACUUGAACGCACCAUCGGUGAUCUAAGCGCACAGGAUUUAUUUUAGAGUUAAAUUGCUUUAUCACGUGAUGGGAAAUGAACGCGUACGUCAUCUGUUAGAAACCUGGAGCAGCUUUGUGUCACUGAUAUCAUUUAUUGCACUUUCAGUUAUUUUAUUUUUAGUCAAGCUGAACAAAUCGGUCGACUUUAAAAUUAGACGAACGUUGAUAUUUUUUUUGGAGAAGAGUAGUUAUAAAUAUUAGAUUAGAUUAAGAUUUAGGUCAAAUCUUUUAGCUGUCUAGCUGUUUAGUUUAGUUUUAGACGGUACACAUGACUGUGCUCCAUACAGUAGAUCCGGUUCUCCUGCUGUGUGUAGCGUCUGUGUUUGAAAUUAGGACGUCGUGGAAGACGCCGAUUCCGAAUCGUUAAAUUUAUUACAGUAAAAAAAAAAAAGACAAAAAUACCAGAUGUUGAUGUAUUAAUAUGCGUGUUGGGUUUUUUUUUGUUUUGUUUUUUUUUAAUUUGUGGAAACGUCAAACGUCUCGUUUCUUUGUGCGUUUUAUGGCGUCGCCCUGUUUCUGUGUUAGAGAUUCUCUCAGGAAAGAAGGGCAUUACUGUGUGUUCGUCUGUGGUGGGAAAAUUAGUACAGCCUUCUGUAGUGCACUAGCGCCACGCGUGAUCAUGAGUAAGUACUGCAUUUGAAAAAAAAAUAAAUAAAUAAAAAUAAAAACUCAUCCGUGGUACUCGCUUGCUGUCGAACUUGUUCACUAGGGAAACGUGUUGUGCUUCUCAUCUCCCAGGGCAGUAUUUACCCAGAACAGUGCUUUAAUGUUUCUACACGAAACACCUUUUUACUUUCUGAUACCCACAGUGGAAAUGGUGAGAGCAUGGCCUUUUUGUUUUGUUUUUUUUUUUGUUUUUUUUUUAAUUAAUCACAUCACUGAUGUUGAUUUUGUGAUUAUCUACAGGUCUGAUUUGAGAUGAAGAGCGCUUAAAGCAUCAUCUGCUGUUUGCUGAGAAAUUAUUUUUUACGUUCAGUAUUUUAAAGGGAUAAAGGCGAGGUUUAAAAAGAAAAAGGGGGGGGAUUUUAUUUUUUUUAUUUUUUUUUUUUCAUUGCCCUGAUUUGAUAGACAUGAUGAUGAUGAUGAUGAUGAUGAUGAUGAGCAUCUAUUUGCACUGAAUAUGCAUUUUGAAGAACUCUGUAUAAUGUAUACAACGGCAAGCUUACAUUUCCACCCGUGUGUGGAGAGAUACUGUAUGUCAAGACAGAUAUCUGUAUAUAGUUUGACCUUUGUACAUAUAUACAUAUAAAUGGUUGUGAUCACUUUGGCCUUUUAUUUCUCUCUCUCUUUUUUUUCUUUCUUUCUUUUUUUUUUUUUACUUUCAUUGGCAGGCAUUGCUAACUGCAUUGUGCUUGAAUUGGACUUUAGAUAUGUACAGCUUCAGUAUCUAUGAAAUGGAAAUUAUAAAAUAUUAAUGACUGAAAAUCA